UUUUCUCUUCCUCUCUCUUUUUUCUUUCUUUCCCUCUCUCUUUCUUUCUCUCUUUCUCUUUCUGGCUUAGCCCGAGCAGCUUGCUUAAGUUUCCUACUUUUGUGCAAAUAAGGGAAUGUUUUGCUUUCGGGAAACCUGGCUGAAAAGAUGCAGGAGGAUUCACAGAUUAGAAGUGGGAUUGUGUGUGUGUGUGUUGUGUCCAGGUAUUUUUGUUUGUUUGUUUUUGUAUUUGCGGGGAUUCCACGCUUCGGGUGCAAAUGUGCUUCUUUCCCGCGGAGAAGAAGGGAAAGCCGAGCGGAGAUGGGCAAUUUGCCCGUAGCUAAGAUGGCGGCCAGAGACAAGGAGGCCUUCGAAGUAUCGCGAGGCUGCGCGAAGCCCGUCGCCGGAGAGGGAAAAGAGGUUGGGCCUAGGCGGUUGCCGCGGCAACGGUGCGGCCUAGCAACCAGACCCGAAGCCUGAGAAAUCAAGGGAGCUCUCUUAAGCUGCGGGCGGGAGAAAGAAGACCCUUAAGAGAAGAAGACCCUGGAUCUCUGAAAUUGGGGGGGGGGAAUCAGUGGCUUGAUUUCUGCACCCCAAAGAUGGUGAUCCUGAGUGCGCCCUGAUAAAACCCAGGACUCCCUCGCCUUGGUGGAUCGUCUGGGGAAUGGUGCACACAAAGUAGGUUGCGAGGUGGAGAAAACGGAACCCGGUACAGGUGGUCCUUGACUUAACGACCGCAGUGGAGCUCCAAAUUGCCAUUGUUAAACCAGGCAGCUCUUCAGUGAGUUAAGCAGGGAGAGGAUGCCGCCGGUCAGUGGACUGAUCCCUGCUCGGUUCCUGGUCCUCACGGCUCACCUGGUCAUCGUCAUCACCAUCUUCUGGUCCAGGGAGAACAAUGUCCGCGCUUCUCUCCCUCUUCAGUGCACGCAAGAGGAAUUUGACCACCGAGACACCGAGAUGGUGGUGGCGUUGUCCGUAACCCUUGGGCUGUUUGUGGUGGAGCUGGCUGGCUUCCUGUCCGGAGUGUCCAUGUUCAACAACGUGCAAAGUCUGUUUUCGUUGGUUGCCCACUGCAGCGCCUCCGUCUGCCUCUCCUUCUUCGUCUUUGAGCGCUGGGAGACGGUCACGUACUGGUACAUCAUGGGGUUUUGCAGUGCCUUACCGGCUGUUGUCGAGAUCUUCCUGUUCAUCUCCGUCUUUGGACUCAAGAAGAAGCCACUGUGAAAAGGACAACGAGGGCAACGGCCUCUGUCCAGACGAGACCUCUCGUUCGGAUUAUCCCAGUGCAGAGCGAACUCCAAAAGAGGACGAGAUGGAGGUCAAAUAUCCUUCCCGUAGGACUAUCAGCUGUCCCUGGUUUUCAGCUCCAUCUUUGCUCACUCCUCAAUGGACAAAAAAGCAGCUAGAUCUUCUGCAGAGCUCAGAUUCCUUCUGUGGAAACCUCUUAAUAUUGUAUCUGUGAUGGCAUCCUAUAUUUCAUCAAGAGUAGUAUUUACUAACCUUGGCAGCUUUCAGAUGGCCGCUUCUUGGAUGAGAAGCGAAACGUCUUCAAAGCAAAACAAGAAUGUCCAGUUGCCUCUUGAAAAAGCAUCUUUGGGACUUUAAGAUGGAUGGACCUCAAUUCCCAGAAUUUCCCAGAUUACCUACUUAUCUUCCCUUUCCUUCCUUCCUUCCUCUCUCCCUCCCUCCCAUUUUCCUUCUCUCCCUCUAUUAUUAUUCUUUCCUUCCUUCUUACUAACUUCCUAUCUACCUAACAACCUUCCACAAAUUGGCUGGGGAAUUCUGGGAGAAAUCCACAAGUCUUCUAAUCGCCAAGGUCAGACACCCCCAUUUUAAACUGAAACCUGCAUCAGUUAAGAAGGUGUUAUCGUAUUUGCUAUAAACUUCUCGUUUGCCACAUCACAACUUAAAUCGGGGUGGAGCUGAUCUUCUCUCCUUUCAAAAUGACACAAACAGCCACCUGAAGUUGCGGUGCAAAAGCUCGGUGCGAGGAUUAAAAAGUAGACGGAGAUACCGUCCGCCCCCCAAAAUAAAACAUCCAGUGCUGAACUCGA